GUGUCCGCGUGGGAUUGGCGGGCCGGCACCAGCAGGUGAACGCAUCGCUGGCCGUCUCUCUCUGCCGCCAGUGGGCCAUUCGCAGUGGCAGGGAAGAGGAGGCACGUGCAGUCGAUGAGGCCCUGGCUAAUAAGACACUGCCACUUGCUUACAUCAAAGGGCUAGGGGGUGCCUCCUGGCCGGGCAGGUGCGAAAUUCUGCAGGACUGCCCGGCCGAGCCUGGGCAAGCUGGAAGUGCAGGCGGGCAGCUGACAUUCUUUUUGGACGGUGCCCAUACAGUGGAGAGUAUGGAGGUGUGCGGAGAGUGGUUCUCGGAAGCUUCUGGAGAUGCAAGAGGGAAUGGGAAGGGGGGUGGAGAGGGGGUUGGACGAACGAAUGUUGGGGAAGGGGCAGCAUCAACAGCAGUAGAAGGAGCAGCAGCAAAAGCAUCAGCAGCAGCAGCACCAGCAGCGGGGGUGGUGCAAGGGCCAAGCAAAGUGGAAGCCAAGACGCCUGUGCGGGUGUUGCUGUUCAACUGCAUGCCUGAGCGGGACCCUCACACACUUAUGACGCAGCUGCUUAGGACACUUGAGCGCAAAGGUAUGCCUGUCUCUCCAUCGAGCCCUCUUUGUCCCCUCCCUCUCAUCCUACACCGCCCUCCUCCCCUCUCCAUCAUCCUCCGCACCUUCCUCGGCUUACCUCCCCUCAUCCGACUCCACUGUCUUGGCUCCUAA